CAAUAUCAAGCUCAUAGUUUAAACCACGUCUCUAGCAGACGUCGCACCUGUCAAUAGCCAACUGUCAAAAAUGGGAAUCUAAUGCACAAUAUUUGAGUGCAUGCCAAAAUAUCGGGGUAUUACGAGCAUAAAUGGGGCAUGGCUGGCUAGCAGGUUGAAGGCCCGCGCUCGUAAAGAGACGAACAGCAUCAAAAAAGAACAAGACAGAACAAGACAAGACAAAGGAAAACAAAGCAUGCACUCCUCCUCCUCCUCCUCCUCCUCCUCCUCCUCCUCCUCCUCCUCUUCUUCUUCUUCUUCUUCUUCUUCUUCUCACAAGAUGCAGCGCGGAUAUGAGCGGCGAUUCAGCUAGGGGAAUGCCCUAGACUGCUUUCUCAAAAGUAGCCUUCCCUCUCAUCUAAGCAUUUU